CACUCCAGCCGAAACAACAGAUCCUCCCCGGAGAAUGACUAGACAGCAGACUCUCACAUUAAUAUCAAUGGCAUCUGUCAACUUUAGCUCAAUGAUCUGUUACUCAAUAUUAGGCCCAUUUUUCCCAUAUGAGGUAGUUAAAAGAAGCCUCCCUUUAAAGCACACACAUGCCAUGUCAGGUACAAGGGGGGUUUAAUAUUUUUUGACUAAUGGUUUUAACUUUAUUAAAGAACUGCAUUAGUUUUAUCUUACAAGUGAAAUUAAAUGUUUAAUGUUUUCCUGCUCUGGCCUUAUUUGGUCUGGUAUUGGCACAUGUGGCCGCUGUAGCUGCCGUUCACCUAGUUUUAAUGGUUGUUAAAUAAGUGACCAAUAUUAUAGCUUAGUCAUUGGCUACAUUUGGAUAAAAAUCCUUUGAUCAGUGUUUAUGAUUUUGUUUGGGUAAUAAAGUUAUAAAUGUUGGUAUACCAUCAGUAAUCCAUCCAAUAUGUUGUAAAAUAAAUGUAUGGAAGGUAUUGUGGUCCAAUUUUUUACAACCUGGAAACUCAAAAGUUGUUCUAACUUAUAAGUGAACUAUAAAGCACAAGUUAAUGAGUAUGUGAAGCUGUAGGUAGCUUCAAACAGAUGCUUUGUGUUAGACUGAAGAAUAGUGUCACAGAGAGGAAAGGGAAAGCAGGGUCAAAGCCGAUCAUCCGGCCAUCACCAAUUCCUUGUCUUGUCAAUGAAAUGGAUAAUAAUCAUGUGAUAUACAUCAGAAGGCCUCCUUUAAGGCCAAUAAAUGACUGACUCUGUCUUUCUCAUCAGGCUCACAGGUCUCAAGAAAGAUCAGCUGGUGUCAUCUGUAAUAACUGUACAGCAGAGACACAAUGGAGUGACAAAUAGUUACAUAUCAAUCAUUUGAGGCAUUAAUUUAAUGGAAAGGCAGAAAAGAAAGGAGCCAGUCAGACUGUAAUUGGUCUUAUAUUUGGCUGCUACGCUCUCUGCAAUGUGAUUGGUUCAAUGGUAUUCGGAAGAUAUAUUGUCCAAAUUGGUGCAAAGUUCAUGCUUGUUACAGGGCUUUUUGUGUCUUCAGGCUGCACCAUUCUGUUUGGAUUACUUGAUCGAGUUCCUGCAGGAUCUGCCUUCAUUACUCUGUGCUUUGUAGUAAGGUCUAUCGAUGCUCUGGGCUUUGCUGCUGCGAUGACCUCCUCUUAUACGUUGACAGCUAAAAUAUUCCCAAACAAUGUGGCAACUGUUUUGGGUAGUUUGGAGAUUUUCGCAGGACUUGGUCUUAUCAUGGGACCACCCGUCGGAGGGUGGGUCUACCAGUCAUUUGGAUAUGAAGUCCCUUUUAUGCUUCUUGGAUGUUUCCUAUUGAUUAUGGUUCCUUUCAACAUUUACAUCUUGCCAUCCAUCGAUGCAGACCCCUCAAAGGACUCAUUCUUUCGGCUUCUCACUCAUGUGAAAAUAGUGCUGAUCUGCUAUGUGAUAUUCACCUUGAGUGCAGGUCUGGGUUUCUUAGAUGCCACGUUGUCCCUGUACGCCAUUGAGACGUUUGGUCUCUCAACUAGCUACGUCGGGCUCAUCAUGCUUGGUUUAUCGUUACCUUAUUGCCUAGCUUCACCACUAAUAGGGUGUGUCACUGAUAAAUAUCCUGCCACCAGAGGUUGGUUCAUUGUGAUAGGAGGCACCGCCACAGCAGUUGGUUUCUUUUUGCUCGGUCCCAUCCCGAUUCUUCACAUCCCAAGUCAGCUGUGGUUGCUGGUCGUCAUGCUUGGUGUAAUUGGGUUUUCUCUGGGCAUGACAGCAAUCCCCACGUUUCCUGAGAUCAUCACAUGUGCAUAUGAUCAUGGAUUUGAAGAGGGAUUAAGCACUCUUGGGAUGGUGUCUGGGCUAUCUGAGGCAGUUUGGUUCAUGGGGAUGUUUUAUGGCCCAGUUGUGGGUGGCCUUAUAACACAACAUCUAAGCUUUAAGUGGGCAGCUGCCAUUCAGGGAGGCUUGGUGCUUUUGGCUGCUUUUUGCUUGGCUGUGUAUUUUCUUUGUCAACGACCACAGCCACAAAGUGUUCGAGAAGAUCGGAAUAGAGAAACUGAUGAAAGAACCCCGCUCCUGAAUGAAUGAAACCCUUAGCCAUACGAAUAAAGGACGCCAUACUGAACAUAAGCUACCUGGGUGGUGCAUUAGGUUAGGGAUAGUUUUUUAUUAUUAUUGAUUGCUUUGUAACCAUUCUAAAUUAUAUUAUAUAUAUAUAUAUGCAUAUAUAUUAUGUAUGGCAGGGAUUGUAGUGAUUUUUACAUGAGACAUUUUGUUGCUAACUUUCAUGGAAAAGUAUUGUAAAUGUUUUAAAUAAGUGUCAGCUGUUUUUUUAGUAGUCACUGCUACAUCGCCUUAAAACAGAGUCAUGUAACUCUAACUUGACUUUCAGGUGGUACAUUAUAAUAUUUAAAUCAGAUUAUCAUUACAUACUACGCAGUAUAUUACAAGGUACAAGGUAUUUUUAUCUGUGGAUGAAUGUAGUUAAUGUAGUCAGUCAGUCACUGGAAAUCACAGGAAAUAUGCCUUUUCUUCUUAAGUGCAGCUGCAUUAAUGUAUACAUCACAUGAACUUCACGAUGAAAUGACACAUGCUGACCACAUUAGUAACAUGAAGGAAGCAACCGUUUUAUAUUAUUUUUAGAGUGAUGCAUUAACAGGUCAUAAUAAAUGUCACCUUAUAUAUGGGAUAAUUUAAUAUAAUAAUAAUAUAUGAAUCAUGUCACUUUUAUCUGCAGCUAGGGAUGACUGAAAUGUUUAAAGACAAGAAAUCUGAACUUUUUUACUGAUUUGAAUAAAAAUGA